GUUGGCUGCGGCGAGGGCCACGUAGCGCUGCGGCGGCGGCGGCGGCGGCAGGGAGGGCGGGCGAUCGAAGGAUAGGCAGAACCACGGCGGAGGUAGCUGCAGAGGGGCCAAGGCCUGGUCCUAAAAACAGGCGGCGGCGGGGGCUUUAACCAGGGGAGGGCAGGAAGGAAGGAGGGCCCUGACCGCCCUCUCCUUCCCCCUCCCCUCCCCCGCCUCAGCAUGGAUCGCGGCGGCGGCGGCGGCGAUGGAGAGGUGGAGGCGACAACAGCGGACGAUCCCGGCCUGGCAGUCACACAGACCGUUUUUCUCCAGAGGAUCUGUCCCCAACUUGGACCUUCAACACUUCCAUUGAUUCACCUAGUGCAACAAUACUGUCCAUCCACCUUGCUGGUUGGUCAUCCAUCCCUUCCUUCUGAUUAUGCCACACACAAAUAUUUAACUUACAGUAACCACAUGAUUCCAGGUUAUUUCACACUAUGUUCUGCAGAAUGCUAGGGUUCUAUGAAAGACUAAUGAGGGGGAAAAUACAACGAAGACAAAUUUUUCAUCUGUUGAAUGGCAGCUUUCUUCAUGUGAACUGCUGUCGAUGUCUUCAUGCUAUAAAACCAGAGUUCCAUGAUCUACACGUGCUUUCUUGUUCCGCUCCCCAAAAACAGUCAUGAGUUAGUUAUUUCCAGAUAUUCAUCUUGUUCCACAGGAGAUACUUCAUUGAUAUUCUGGAAUACAAGGUGCUCAAUGAAUCGAGAGCCCCCAUGAAUGAAACAGCCAGCUCUUGCCAGCAGAUGGCUAAAAAUUGCACCACACAUGUAGCAGGGAUGGCACAGGAGGACAGGGGUCAAGUACCAUCCACUUUCUAUCAUGAUGCCAGCCAGGAACUUGAUUUGUCCACCAAGGUAUACAAAAGGGAGUCUGGGAGCCCUUAUUCUGUACUGGUGGACCCAAAAGCAAGUAAGCCACAUCUUCAUGACAGAGAGGAGCAGCCAUAUUUCAGGGAGGAAAGAACAGUAGGAGAGGCCCGAGCCAUGAAAGAAGACAGGGAGAACUCUGACGACUUGCAGGAGGAGGACGAGGAAGAAGAUGAAGUGACUUACAAAAGGGAGCAGAUAAUAGUAGAGGUAAACCUUAACAACCAAACAUUAAAUGUAUCAAAAGGGGAGAAGGGGGUCCCUUCCCAAUCCAAAGAAACUGCUGUUCUUAAGACCAGCAGUGAGGAAGAGGAGGGUGACAGUGGGGAGGAAGAGGCCACUGAAGACAGUAAUGAUGAUGAGGAAAAUGAGAGGCAGAAGAAAAAAGAGCAAAGAGAGGAAAAUGAUAGUGUUGCACAAAGGAGGACAAGGAGAGCUGCAUCUACUGCAGCCGCCACAUCUUCCCCUACUUCCAGAACUACAAGGGGCCGUAGAAAGAGCAUUGAGCCUCCCAAGCGUAAGAAGAAAGCUGCAAAGGAGCCCAAGGCACCUGUGCAGAAAUCAAAGUGUGAAGAAAAGGAGACUUUGACUUGUGAGAAGUGCCCCAGAGUGUUUAACACACGGUGGUAUCUGGAGAAGCACAUGAACGUCACUCAUAGGCGCAUGCAGAUCUGCGACAAGUGUGGGAAGAAAUUUGUUCUAGAAAGUGAGCUCUCCCUUCACCAGCAAACAGACUGUGAAAAAAACAUUCAGUGUGUUUCCUGUAAUAAGUCAUUCAAGAAGCUUUGGUCCCUCCAUGAGCAUAUCAAGAUUGUCCAUGGAUAUGCAGAAAAAAAAUUCUCCUGUGAAAUAUGUGAAAAGAAGUUCUAUACCAUGGCUCACGUGCGAAAGCACAUGGUUGCACAUACUAAGGACAUGCCAUUUACAUGUGAAACCUGUGGAAAAUCUUUCAAACGCAGUAUGUCGUUAAAGGUUCAUUCACUACAGCAUUCAGGAGAGAAGCCUUUCCGAUGUGAGAAUUGUGAUGAAAGGUUCCAGUACAAGUACCAACUUCGUUCUCACAUGAGCAUCCAUAUUGGACACAAACAGUUUAUGUGCCAGUGGUGUGGUAAAGAUUUUAAUAUGAAACAGUACUUUGAUGAGCACAUGAAAACACACACUGGAGAGAAGCCUUUUAUUUGUGAAAUCUGUGGCAAAAGUUUCACCAGUCGCCCAAACAUGAAGAGACAUCGCAGAACUCACACAGGGGAGAAGCCAUAUCCGUGUGAUGUGUGUGGCCAGCGAUUCCGGUUCUCCAAUAUGCUUAAGGCACACAAGGAAAAGUGCUUCCGUGUUACCAGUCCUGUUAAUGUGCCACCCUCUGCCCAGAUCUCACUUGCCACAACUUCAUCUGCCACCACUGUACCUUCUGUUGCGAAUACACCGAACCCACUUGCCCCUACUUCAAUCAAUAUGAAUCCAGGGAGCACACUUCCUCCUCGCCCAAUUGGCCACCCAUAUUCUCAUCUGCAUCUUCAUUCACAUCAUUCACAUCAUCUUCCAGUCCCCAUCCCUCCAGUCCCUCAUUUGCCUCCACCUCCUGCUCUAUUUAAGAGUGAGCCUUUAAAUCAUAGGGGCCAAGGUGAGGACAGUUUUCUGCGACAUCUAGCAGAAAAAAACAGUUCAGUGCAGCACCACUAACUGCUUGUCUUCUGCCUGCCAUUCUCCUGAUUUUCAAAGUUUGGAAUUGUGCUCUUCCCUAAGAAAAGGUACCAUUUUGGCCCCAAGUAAAUUUGCAUUACUCUUGGUGAUCAUCCAACUUAGGGGAGCCAAUAGGACAGAUUUGGCUUGCACGUUUUACUGUUGACUUUUAUAAAUUUCAAAAGGACUGAGAAAUGUGGGUUUUUUUAUAAUUUCAUAUCAGCUAAUGAGGUAUGCUUGCUUUUGUAUUCUGGAUUUUCUCCUCAAAUUGGGGAUAAGUCUGGUUUCCUUUGUACUAAUCAGAAAGACUGUGAGACUAAAUCCCAGAGCAUUAAUUUUCACUGUGUAUUGUUAAUUUCUUUUCUGCUCUGUAUAUGUGUGUGAGAGAGUGUUUGUGUGGGUGUGGGUGUGCUGGUUAUGGAGUAAACCAGCCACAUGAUUGCAGAAUAUGAAGCAUAGGAAAAACAACAACAAUAGUAAACAGAAUUUAAUCUCAUUUGAAUAGUUCUCCUAACACACUCUUUAUUUUAUUAUAAAAAUUAUUUUAGAGUUUUUGUAUAGACCUAUUUAGUAGCCUGUUUCUAAAAUGAAAUGUAUUUCGAAUAAGCGAUGUAAUUUUUUUCAGUGUAGCUGGACCUAUGUUGUUACAAUAGAUAAUUUUUAUAAUCAUUCAAAUCUGAUUCUUUUACAAAAAAAAUGCAAAUAGCUUCUAUAGUAAAAAUUAUUCUUACAUCUGUACUGCUCUAAAAAGGUGCUUUGAAGUAUAAAGGAAGAAGCCCAAGAAGUCUCUUGUAAAGCUGCCUCAGAAGUGGAGAUAAUUUCAGAACUUUAUAUAACUUAUUUGUAAGGGGAGGGGAAUUUUUACUGUGAGACAUAUCUUCUUUCCAUGUCACUUGAGGGUGAUCAGAUAAGGACAUUGAACUACUGUAUGCCCCAAAAUUUCACUUCUGUUAUACUGAAGCAUGAAACAUUUCAGAAAGGAUUUCUGUUAGAGUGAAAAUUGCACAUGAGGGACAGUCUCAACCAAAUAUGGUUUCAAAUGUAGUAUGCUACCUUAUCAUGGGCAUACCUUAGAACCUAGUUCGUUAUAGAGACAUGUAUAAGGUAUGAGUUAUAUUGGGACCGAUUUGAUGCUGCUUGUUUUGUUCUUAAGUUUGUUAGGAGAUAAGCAAGGGAACUGCAAAGUAGAUGCAAUUUAAUUGGAUCUGUAAAAAUUAAGCCUGAAUUAGGCAAACUGGUGUGAAAGCCAUUGUCAUGUUGGCUGAAAAAAUGAAUAUCAUGGAGUAUGUGCAUAUGCUAAAGUUGUGUGAAAGACAGAUAGGACUGAGGAUAAUGUCUUUCAGGUUUGCCCAUGUUCCACAGACAAAUGGGAAAGAAAUGUUGAAUGUUAAGCAAGUUGGUAAUUGUGUUUUUCUCAGUCUCCAAUGGUUCUAAGUUGUGAUGAAUAGAAUCAUGGUAAUUAACUUUGGAUAAAAUAUAGCACCAUUUAAGGAUCCACUUAGUAUCUUGAGGAGAAGGCAUAGAGAUUCCUUUAUAGCUGGACUCCAAAUUUUUCUAAUUUUCAUGCUCAAAGACCAUCAUGCUGAUUCCUAGGAUAUUGUUCUGCUUUUAAAAUUAGGCUUUAAGUCUAAUUUAGAAAGGGAUAUUACCUUGGAUGAAAUGGAAAGCCCUUGUUAUUGCAUUCCCUUAGGCUGCUGAUUGUGUUUCCGCCUUUUAUAAACUUUGCAUUAAAAAUAAAAUAGCUGACCUUUCAGUAUCUAUUCAUAUUUGACUGAAAACUUCUUAACUCCUUUUUUCGGGGGUGGGGGGGGAGUAUUUUUAAAAUGUUGUCAUAAGGCAGUAAAGUUAACUAUAAAAAUUAAUAAUAUUUAACAGUUCACUAUCAUCUACUAUCUUAAUUGGUUUUAUACAUUCCAUGUCAUUUUGUAAAAUUGCAGUUCUAUAUAGAAUGCCACAGGCCAACAAUGUGGUUUGUAAAAUCCGCUGUUCCAAAUUUAAAGGAAAAAGUCACAACCGAUAAAUCAAUUGUAACCCAAUUUGCAAAAAGCAUUUUUUUCAAUAAAUUUACAGUAUUUGGCUGCUAUUUAUGAAUUCUACUACUUCAAAAGGGUGUAUUUCUGUGUUUUCUGUUCUAAAAGUUAACAUUAUUCAUUUCAGAGCUGUGUUCUACGUAGAAUGAGUACAGGUAGAUAGAAAAAUGAGUCAAUAGCCAUUGAAGUUUCUUUAUUCUUGUGUGGACAAAUUUGAAUCUAUCCUAUUGCAAUUCUUAAGGCUUUUUUUUUUUUUGAAUUAAUUUGGUUCAGUGCAAUGUCAUCCCUGUAAUCCCAAUCAUUAUUGGAUAUAUGAACUGAUAGAGGUCUACACUUUGGUCUUUAUACAAUGCUGUACUAUAUUUCUGGCCCCUUUUCAUUUUUAUUUUAUUUUCAAAACAAAAAUAUUAUAAAUAUGUAGCUGUUCAGAAUCCAUUUAAAAUGUGUGGGACAUUUCCAGAGAAUGUGUCAUUCUCUGGAAAUCUUUAAAGCAGCUUCCUAUUUUCCUAAGAACACACAACUUUGGGGAACUAAGUUGAAAACAUUGCACAGCGCAAGGGCAAAAAUUAUUCAAUCAAUAUAUAAAAUACCUUUCAUUAGAUUUUGGAUUUUGAAGUAGAAUUAUAAUUUUGGAAGCCUAUUUAUACUGGCACGCUUUUACUCAUAAGAUAUGAAAGUUUUCAUGCUAAAUCUUUAAAACAGUUUGUUUGUUCAUUUGAUUGUAUAAUAGCAAUAGCAUUUAGGCUUAUAUACUGUUUCAUAGUGCUUUACAGUCCACUCUAAGCAGUUUAUAGAGUCAGCAUUAUUGCCCCCAACAAUCUGGGUCUUCAUUUUACUGACCUUGGGAGGAUGGAAGGCUGAGUCAACCUUGAGCCAGUCAUGAUUGAACUCUUUGCAGUGGGAAUGCAGAGUUAGCCUGCAAAAAUGCAUUCUAACUAUGGUACCAUCACGGCUCUUUAACUCUGUAAUAUUUUUUCUUCUGCUGCAAGUUUAACUAUUUCCUGUUAGUGUUGCAAAGUACUCGUCUCUGCAUUUUUUUAAAAUUUUGGACAAUGAUUUGUUUUGCUACUACCAUAGUCUUGAAGCCAUAUGAUCUGAUCUUGGUGUUUUUACCAUUAGGAACAUCCCAUAAAUUCACCAUUUUCUGAAUAUAAUCAUAAUAAAUGGAAUGGUUUUUAGAAAAAUUAUGUCUCUAAUGUUUGCUCAGAGGGCAUGGUGACAGAGCAUAUAAUCAAUUUUUGUACCCGGCCUGCUCCAGGAGAGUUGCAUUGCCAACACCUAUUCUCAGCAUUAGAGAGUUUUGAUUGAUCUUGUCAAACAUGUCACAAAAUUGCAGUGAGUAUUGAAGCUAACUGUGACGUGUAGUUCUUCAGAGACACAUACAAUUUCAACAUAUUACAGUUACAAAUUUUAUUUGCUGCUUAUCAGAAACCAUAAUAAAAAGACCUAUUCAUUCUAUUAGUUUGUUUUUAUAGUUGCAUUUUAAUAAUUAAUCCCAAAGGAAGAUCUAAAGAUUAAACAAGAACUGUGAUUUGUUUAAAGGCUAAUGAAUAGUUUUUAAACUGCUGUAAUAGUAUUGAUUUUGAUACUAGGAUACAGCAUAUGUGACUUCCUCCCCAGCAUGAACGUUUUCUUUAGAAAAAUAAUACUUAAACCAGCCCCUUGAAAGACUAAAGAAGGCAAUUGCACAAAAGCUGUAAGAACUAUUGUUCAGUUCAAUUCAUAACAGCAAAGAACAUCAACUAUUUUCUCCCAUUAUAUGUAGCCCUCAAUUUACAAUCACUCAUUUAAUGACCAUUCAAAUUUACAGUGGCGCUGAAAAAUGUGAUUUACAAACCAGUCCUUACACUUACAACUGUUGUAGCUAUUCCAGCAUCCCUCUGGUCAUGAUCAAAAUUUGGACACUUGGCAACCCAUAUAUAUUUAUGAUGGUUGCAGCCUCCCAGGGUCAGGUGAUCACUAUUUGCAGCCUUCCUACCGACCUGAAAGCAAAGUCAAUGGGGGAAGCUAGAUUUAAUCACAUGAUUCAUUUAAUCACAGUAAUGUGCUUGAAGAUCACAGAUAAAAUUGGAUGUGACACUUAAAAACCACCUCACUUAGUGACAGAAAUUCCAGUCCCAAUUCCAGUCCCAAGGAUUAACUGAUAUUAAAAUAUGCUUGAUUUGAUAAUAAAUCUUUGGCCUGGCAACACAAAUAUUGCCUUGUUUUAUAUCAUGAAUGAUUUAAAGAUUUAAUGAAGUGUUUGGAUUUGAUUUUAAUUUUGCAAUGAGUGGAACAGUAAGGAGUAUUCCUUUGAUGAUUUGUCUUAGUGAAAUGUUUAACAUUCAUUGGGGGCUCCUUUCUUCAAAAGAACAAUGGAAACAACAACAACAAAAGAAAUUAAACUAUUGAAAUUGUUCUCUCUCAUACUCUUCUAUAAAGUUGAUUUGAAACCUAUUUUUCUACUUACCAAUCAACUUAGAUUCUUGAAUGAGAAUGAAUGAAUGCUUUUAACAGCUUGAUUUUCAGGGUGGCAACAGAUGGCAUUUUAAUAAGGUUGAAGAACAGAUUGAAGAGGUGAGAUAACAAUGCCAUGUUACAAUUUUGUCAGUGUAUUGUAGCAUAAAUAGAUCAUGUGCAUGCUUAAAAGGAGAAUUGUAUAGUGUUCUGAGGUAGGUGGGGUUUUUUGCAUAAAUAAUGUUGGGUAAGAAAUUUAGCAUAAAUGUCAGCCUACAUGUUGGCUGCUACUGCAAACAAAUUUGCAAAAAUUAGAAACUGUUUGCUAUGCUGUUUUCUGACAUGACAUCUGUUUGCUUUGGUAGGUCUGCUAUAUAUUGCUGAAUACAUUCCCUGUUCUUCCUUUCUAGUUAUUCAUACAUCCCUAAAAAAAUAAAGUGUAAAUAUACUUUUACAAAC